CGGGGCUGGGUCUGGGCAGCGGCGGGUCAGAGCACCUGGCCCAGCGGCGGCGGCUCCGGGGCGGGGGCGCCAGCGGCGAAGCCCCCUCCCCGGGGAGGCGGGGUCGGAACAAGGCCGGGGAAUCAUGCAUCAGAAACUGCUGAAGAGCGCGCACUACAUCGAGCUGGGCAGCUACCAGUACUGGCCGGUCCUGGUGCCCCGCGGCAUUCGCCUCUACACCUACGAACAGAUCCCGGUGUCCCUCAAAGAUAAUCCGUACAUCACCGACGGCUACCGGGCCUACCUGCCUUCCAGGCUGUGUAUCAAAAGUCUGUUUAUCUUAUCCAAUGAGACGGUAAACAUCUGGAGUCAUCUGCUGGGGUUCUUCCUCUUCUUCACCCUGGGAAUAUAUGACAUGACGUCCGUGCUGCCGUCGGCAAGUGCGUCCCGAGAAGACUUUGUAAUCUGCUCCAUUUGUCUCUUCUGCUUCCAGGUCUGUAUGCUUUGCUCAGUGGGCUAUCAUCUCUUUUCCUGUCAUCGGUCAGAGAAAACUUGUCGAAGAUGGAUGGCGUUGGAUUAUGCAGGCAUUUCUAUUGGAAUACUGGGCUGCUAUGUCUCGGGAGUAUUUUACGCAUUUUACUGUAACAAUUACUGGCGUCAAGUGUACUUGAUCACCGUGCUUGCAAUGAUCCUGGCAGUGUUCUUUGCACAGAUUCAUCCCAAUUACCUCACGCAACAGUGGCAGAGGCUCCGCCCUAUCAUCUUUUGUUCUGUUUCGGGCUAUGGAGUGAUCCCGACUCUUCACUGGGUCUGGCUCAAUGGAGGAAUCAGUGCUCCUAUUGUCCAGGACUUUGCACCCCGAGUAAUUGUGAUGUAUGUGAUUGCUCUUCUUGCUUUCCUCUUCUACAUUUCCAAAGUUCCAGAGCGGUACUUUCCAGGACAGCUAAACUACCUCGGAUCGAGCCACCAGAUCUGGCAUAUCCUUGCAGUAGUGAUGUUAUACUGGUGGCACCAGUCAACAGUGUACGUCAUGCAGUACAGACAUAGCAAGCCUUGCCCUGACUAUGUUUCGCACCUGUAAUUCAGACAAGGUCCCACUCUGUAGCCCUGGUGGGCCUGGAACUUGCUAUGUAGACUAGGCUGGCCUUGUACUCAUAGAGAUCCACCUGCCUCUCCCUUCCAAGUGCUGGGAUUAAAGGCAUGUGCCACCAUGUCCAGCCCUUUUACUUUCUUCAAAUGCCUGGUUUCUUUUUGUACAUGCAUUCUGUAAUAAUUGCUAUAUGUGUAACACAUAAAAAGAGCAUACUUUGUUUUCCAACAACUAUUCUUUGAAUAGGUCUGAUUGUAGGGAUAGUUUUUCUGUGUUCUCUGAAAAUGUUCGAUAUUAUAAAUAAACUAUUGUCCUCA